AUGGUCACCCAACUCCUGGCGCGCAGUUGCCGUGGCCGUAUCCUCCCUCGGUAUCGUGGCUUCAGCAGAAGCGUUUUCACAAAGGAUCAGAUCAAGACGGCCGAGCUGCAAAAGACGCCUCACACGCCAAACCAAAUUGCGACAGAGGUGCCGCACUCCAAGGAAUCCUCCUUCAUUGACGUCCCCAGCCCUCUAUGGUACCACCGUCUUGGACCAGUCAAGGACUUUUUCAGCUGGUUCAGUCGCACGCAGCGUCGAAGACCACUGGUCACGACCCUCUCGACCUCGCUGACCACAUACCUGCUUGGAGAUCUACUGGCGCAAGAGAUAGGAGGCGAACCAUACGAUGGGGUCCGUACGGCGAGGAUGCUGUUGGUGGGAGGUUUGGCGUCAAUCCCAGGAUAUAAAUGGUUCCUCUUCCUCGGCAGUCACUUCAACUAUGCAUCCAAAUGGACAUCCAUUACGGUCAAGGUUCUCAUUCAACAGUUCGUGUUCGCACCAGUAUUCAACACGUAUUUCUUCGGUAUGCAAGCACUCCUGACGGGCAAUGCCCCCUCGGUGGUGCUGCAUCGCGUUGUGUCGGCAGUACCAGAGAGUGUGGUCAGCUCAGCCAAGUUCUGGCCUGUAGUAACGGCUCUGAAUUUCACACUUAUUCCUGCACACCUACGUUUCGCUUUCUCUGCGGUGUUCGCCGUUGUUUGGCAGACGUACCUGUCCUUCCUCAAUCGACGGGAAGAGAAGACCGGUCCGUUGGGAACGCUAGCAGAUCAAGCUCGACAAAAAUUGUAUGAGGACGCCCCGUCGGCUUCCGUCGCUGAUGUUUUGGACAGCCUUGACUCGGAAAAGUCAUCCUUAGCUCCACUCCUAGAGCCGCUUACUUCAGAAGACAAAAAAUGAGCCUUAUGGCAGUGUUCUUGUUCAACUGUUGGCGAAUGUUCGAGGGUGGUUCACUUGCUUCUGAGACGUCGAAUCAUUGCAGCAUGACAUCUGCAAAAGCCCUCAUUCGUGAUGCAAGUAUUGUGGCGCACCCGCGACAGAACAAUAGGUAUUGUCGUUGAAGCAGAAAGAUUCGAUACCAACUUACCAUAGUACAAGUAGCAUCUAAACGCGUCGCAUGGGAGAGGGCGGCCCAGGAACACGAGUCGCGACCCUAGAACAAACGCCUAGCCACGUGAGCCGCAAGCCUAAAUGUUCCU